GAUGCAUAAUUAGACUUUGUUAUAAGUAAAGAAAAUAAAAAAAGAUAUCUAAAAAUGGCUACUGUUUCUUCCUGUCUGUGUUUGAUCUUACCUUUUGUCCUCCUUCUGGUACCCACAAUUGCUCAAACUCACAGCAAUGUAACUUCAGGCUCAUUUCUUACUGCAAAAAAGGAUGGAUCUUCAUGGACAUCUCCAUCUGGGGAAUUCGCAUUCGGGUUCCAGAAGAUAGGGACUGGAUUCUUGUUAGCCAUAUGGUUUGAUCGAAUACCUGAAGAAACCAUAGUUUGGUCUGCAAAUGGUAAAAAUUUAGUAGAAGAAGGAUCGAGAGUAGAGCUUACAAGGGAUGGAGAAUUUCGGCUUACUGAUACAAAAGGGAAAGAGAUAUGGAGUGCUGAUUUAAUUGAAACCGGAGUUUCCCAUGGAGCCAUGCUUGAUUCAGGAAACUUUGUGUUGGUAAAUCAGGAGUCUGUGACUUUGUGGGAGAGUUUUGAUCAACCAACGGAUACAAUCCUACCUAUGCAGACAUUUAACCUUGGGGGAAAACUCUUUGCUCGUUUUUCGGAAACGAAUUAUUCAAGAGGGAGAUUCAUGUUUACCCUCCAACAAGAUGGAAAUCUGCUGCUAUCUACCACUCAGUUCCCAUUGGAUUUUGCUAAUUCCAAAUACUGGUCUACAGACACUGUAGGUAGUGGCUUUAGGGUCAUGUUUAAUCAGUCUGGCUCCAUUUAUCUUACAGCAAGAAAUGGAAGCAUCCUUCAUUUCAUAUCAUCAAAUAGAGCUUCAACAAGUGAUUUUUAUCAGAGACUGAUUCUGGAAUUUGAUGGGGUUUUAAGGCAAUAUAUUUACCCGAAAUCUGCUGGUUCUAGUGGUGGAAGGCUUAUGGCUUGGUCCACUUUGUCCUUCCAACCGUUAGAUAUCUGCUUGAGUAUGCGUCAAGAAACAGGAAGUGGUGCUUGUGGAUUCAACAGCUAUUGUGUCAUGGGAGCUAAUGAAAGACCGAGUUGUAAGUGUCCUCGCGGUUACUCCUAUUUGGAUCCGGACAACGAAAUGAAUGGUUGCAAGCAGGAUUUUGUUUCACAAGAUUGUGAUGCAGGACAGCAAGAAGCAAGUCUGUAUGGCUUCACAGAUAUGCCAAACACAGAUUGGCCAUUAUCUGAUUAUGACCAUCUCGCCAAGCUUCUGAAGACAGAUCAGACUCGAACGAUGACUGGAAUCAGGGGAACCAGAGGAUAUGUAGCACCAGAAUGGUUCAAAAGCAUGCCUGUUACAGCCAAAGUAGAUGUCUACAGCUUUGGAAUUUUGUUGUUAGAGCUUAUUUUCUGCAGAAAGAACUUUGAUCAGAAUGCAAAGGAGGAUAAUCUGAUGGUAUUGGCUGAUUGGGUUUCUGAUAACUAUAGAGGAGGAGUAUUGGAGCUGAUGAUUGAGAAUGAUGAAGAAGCAAUUCAAGAUAUCAAGAGGGUUGACAAAUUUGUGAUGAUUGCAAUUUGGUGCAUUCAAGAGGAUCCAUCAAUGAGACCCACCAUGAAGAAAGUCUCCCAGAUGCUUGAAGGCACUGUUGAAGUCCCUUCUCCUCCAGAUCCAAGCUCAUUUAUCAGUUCAGUUUAAGUUUUAAUCAUAACAUGUCAUAAUAAGAUGGAUUCAUUCAAUUUGCUGGGCAGAAAAAUAGCCUUUUAGAGUGGUUAUGAAUGGGCAAAAACUAUGUAAAGGUAAUCUUUUAUGAUGGAUUGAUUCAAUUUCAAAACUUUCGUCUUUAAUUAAGUUGUUUUAAUUUUUUAGGGCAAUGUAAAGAAAACUAAAUCAGUAUUUAUAUAAUAAGAUGACAUAUUCAUAGUCACUAAAAACACAGUACAUGAUGUUUACCUCUCACUCCUUUUAAAGUUUCCUUGCAAAGUUGCUACCUUUCUCAUGGGUUUAAAUUAUAAAUGGUGAUAGAUGGAAACCUACUGAGAUUAUGGAAAGGCCAGUCUUGUUAAGAAAUGGCCUGUCUGUAAACCAUUUUGCUUUGUUACUCCAAAAAUGCUUAAAGUUCAAAUCUUUACCUUCAGGCAAGCAAGUUCAUGCUCUGUUACUGACUUCUCGUACUGAUUUAAAUUCUCUGUCUUUGCAUUCAAAGCUUGUUGGCAUGUACUCUAGCUGCGGGGAUGUGAAAUCCGCAACCUGGGUAUUCAAAAGAAUUGAAAAACCAAACGUUUUUGCAUUGAAUUGGAUGGUUUUAGGCUCUGCAUUUAAUGGGUUUUAUGAGGAGGCAAUUGGGUAUUUUUGUUUAAUGCGUGAGUCAUUACAUCUCUGCAACAAGUUUACCUUCUCCGUUCUGUUGAAAGCUUGUGUUGGUUUGAUGGAUUUGAAUAAGGGAAAGAAUGUUCAUUGUGUGGUAAAGAAGAUGGGUUUUGAGAGUGAUGUAUCUAUGGCUAAUUCUUUGAUAGAUAUGUACUGCAAAUGUGGAGACUUGUUAUAUGCACAUAAACUGUUUGAUAGAAUGCCUGUGAGAGAUGUUGCUUCUUGGACAUCCAUGAUUUGUGGAUAUUGUAACAUGGGGAAGAUCAAAGAAUCUGUUGUUUUAUUUGAGAGGAUGAAGGUGGAAGGAUUCGAGCCAAACAAAUUCACUUGGAAUGCGAUGAUUGCGGGUUAUGCAAGUAGAGGAGAUAGCAAGAGUGCAUUAUUGCUUUUCAAUAGAAUGAGAGGAGAAGGACUAGUACCUGAUUUAGUUACUUGGAAUGCUAUGAUUUCUGGUUUUGCUCAAAGCCAGAAAGCUGCUGAGGCUUUGGAAAUGUUUCGGGAUAUGUUGUUUUCGGGGAUUAGACCUAACCAGGUGACUGUAACUGGGUUACUACCUGCUUGUGGAUUGACUGGUGCUAUUCAUAGAGGUAGAGAAAUUCAUGGGUUGAUUUAUAGGAUGAGUCUUGAUAUUAAUGCCUUCAUUGCUAGUGCUCUUAUUGACAUGUACUCUAAAUGUGGCUCUAUGGAAGCUGCAAGGAAUGUUUUUGAUCUGAUCCCAGUCAAGAAUAUUGCAUCAUGGAACGCCAUGAUUGGAUGUUAUGGGAAGCAUGGCAUGUUCGAUGCUGCAAUGGAGCUCUUUGAGAGAAUGAAGAAAGAAGGAAUUCAACCAAACCAGGUAACUUUAGCUUCUCUUCUCUUCACUUGCAGUCACAGUGGAGAAAUUGAGAAAGGUUUGAGGAUUUUUAAGUCGUUGCAAGAGAAUUACGCGGUGGAGGUAAAUAAAGAGCAUUAUGGAUGUGUUAUCGACAUGCUGUGUCGAUCAGGGAAGAUGGUAGAGGCUUACGAACUGGUUAAGGAAAUGCCAUUUAGAGUCACAGAAUCAAUUAUAGGAGCUUUCUUCCAUGGCUGCAAAAUAUAUGGGAAAA